CUGAAAGUAGGCACAUCACUUUUGUUGACAGUGUACGAUUCAAUCAUGUACAAAAAUAUAUAUGUAUAUCAGUUAUAAAUAUGUGAUAGUAUUUCGACAUCUCAUUUGGUAAGGAAUCAUUGUGGCGUAAAACAAGAACGAAUUAUCAACCAAUCGUCUAAUAUAGUUAUCCGAGCGAGUUAUGUUAAGUUGUUGUGUUCGCUGUAACAUGGAAAACACGCCGAAAACAGCCAUCGUAGUAGGAGCGGGGUCCCGUGGAAGUGGCUAUCCUUACUACGCCAAGGUGGAACCCAACAGGCUUACGAUCGUUGGGGUUUGUGAACCACGGAAAUUUUACCGAGAACGAACUGUGAAACUCUUUGACAUUGCGAAGGAAAAUGUAUUCACUGACUGGGCCGAGGCGGCGGCAAGGGACAAGUUUGCCGACAGUGUCAUUAUUUGUACGCCCGAUCGGUUACAUAAGGACCCGGCAAUUGCUUUUGCAAAAAAGGGCUACAGUAUUCUGUUGGAAAAGCCAAUGGCCACGACAGAGGAAGAAUGCCGCGAGAUUGUGUCCACGUGCAAGGCCAAUCACGUGGUCUUAUCGGUUUGUCACGUGCUCAGAUACACGCCCUGGGUCAAAAAGGUCAAGGAAAUAAUAGACAGCGGGGUUAUAGGCCAAGUUGUCAAUAUCAACCAUGUGGAGCCGGUGGGUUACACGCACUUUGCCCAUUCUUACGUUCGAGGAAACUGGCAUAAGGAGAGCGACAGUUCGUUUUCGCUGCUGGCCAAGUGUUGUCAUGACGUAGACCUCAUCUGUUAUUGGAUGAAUCACCGGUGCGAUAGAGUAUCCUCGUUUGGAAACCUCAGUCAUUUCUGUAAACAGGAUAAGGUCGGUUAUUGGCACUUUGCCCACUCGUUCGUGCGCGGGAAUUGGAGCCGAGAAGCAGACAGCUCGUUUGCACUGUUGGCCAAGUGUUGUCAUGAUGUGGAUCUCGUCUGCUAUUGGAUGUCGCACCGGAAGUGCGAACGAGUGUCGUCGUUUGGUAAUCUUAGUCACUUCACCGCCAAUGAUAAGCCAAAGGGUGCUGCUGCCCGCUGCCUGGACUGCCCACAGAGCAUUGAACAACAGUGCCCAUACUCUGCUAAGAAUAUUUACCUCGAUGAAGUCAAACGCGGAAACACUGGAUGGCCCGUGAGCGUAAUAUGCGAGGUCCCAGAUAUCGAGAGCGUCACGAACGCCUUGAGGACGGGGCCGUAUGGCAAGUGCGUCUAUGACACCGACAAUGACGUCAUGUCACACCAGGUUGUAAACAUGCAGUUUGAAGGUGGCGCUACCGCAACGCUUCAAAUGGUCGCAUUCACGCGCAAAAUUUGUGCGAGGGAGGUGAAGAUAUACGGUACAAAGGGACAGAUAGAAGUAAACGACGGUGAUGUUGUGCCCAUUAAGGUCUACGAUUUUGUAUCAAAGAAACCUUCUCACUACCAACCGGAGGAGGCGGACGACAUUAGUGGCCCAUUGAUGGGUCACGGCGGGGCGGAUUAUCACACCAUCAAAGCGUUUGUCGACACGCUGCAUGACAACAGUGAGCAGUCCAUAGAGACCGGGCCAGACGCCACACUCGCUAGUCACGUGGUCUGUUUCGCCGCCGAGCGCGCCAGGAAGGAAAACAGGGUUCUCAACCUUAACCAGCACGGUGUCUACGAGUGAAUAACGGUGGCAUAUUUGACUUUUUUCGGAUCGGACACAGCCUUUCGCACCUCAUUAUUGUUCUCAUAUAAGCAGGUCUUAUAUAAUGGAUGCACUACACAGACUUAUAAUAAUUGUAGUAAAUACUGUGAGAUUUGUUUUAUAUUUUCCCUGUCCUUGGUGUCACAAUCUAACAAUGUUUUCGGCCUUAACAAUACCAGUGUUGCUAAUACUGAUUGCAUAGGUAUUCGUAAGCAGAUGAAUGAUAGUUUUUGGUAGCAGAUAUAUCUCAAGAAACAAUUUACCUAAUAAUUGUUUUUAUAUAUGUACAUUAUAAACACACAUUCCGAUAAACGUACCAUAUAUUUUUAUUUAUUUGUUUUGGUGGGGGAAUGAAAACCGGGAAAAACGUAUUUAUGACGUUAUAGACGAAUUUAAAAUAUAAAAAAAAACACGUAAAACAAGAGAAAGAAAAUAUAUGUGCGUGAACGUUUUUACGAGACGCACAUGAGGUUAAAAUUUCAUAGCGGUAAAUGAAGAAUUGAUGAAAAUAUCGGUUAUUGUAGCUGGAACGCAAAAAUAUGACAGACGUCUCAAAGUUGACGUCAGUGGUAUUUUUUGAAGAGUCGUAGUUUCAAAGCUAAUCCGUGUAUUGAAAAUGUAAAAACAGUCCCUAACUGGGCAUAUGCUCUUCUAUUCGAAUACCAAUUUUCAGACGUUAACUCGAAAAUUCGUUCAUAGUCGCGUUCCACCUUAAAUGAAUACCCUUGAGGUCUGCAGCUUUUCGAACAAGAUUAGAGACAACUGUUUCAGCGGUACUUGAUUUUAAACAUAUGGGAACAUCAUAUAAAAGUUACGUUUAAAGGUUGGCAAUGAUCCGGUUAAAACGUUGUCACUACAUGCACCCUUCGGUGUACAAGGUUUAUACAAUUAUUGAAUCAAAUGACAGGAAUUUAUUAAUAACACUAUCAUUGUGAAUUAAAGAAGCUCUUGUUAUUAGAAAUAAUUUAUUUAUUGUUGAAAGAUAAAUAUUAAGUACAGCCUCCAAUAUAUUAAUUAUGUGAACUUCCGUAUAUAUAUUUAACAUUUACCAUUACAUAUUGUUAUUACACAUUGACAUGGUACAUGAAAAAAUGUAUGUUUAUGAAGACGAUGUACAUUGCAUAAGUAUGAAUAAAACGUAUUCGUGUUUCGGGUGGAUUAUAAACUAUAUUGUAACUAAGAGAUAGUACACUGUUUAUAAUAAAUAAUACAACGGAUAUAUCAGGGU